UUAGAUAUUUAACAUGUAGCAUUGCCCAGUGGACCUCUACAAAAUUUGUUCAAAUCAUGAACCCCUGGGGUCAAAAUUGACCCCACCCCAGGGGUCACUUGAUUUUACAUAGGAAAAUCUUCAAAAAUUUUCUAAGAAUAAACCAGAAGGCCUAGAUCUUAGAUAUUUGACGUGUAGCAUUGCCUAGUAGACUUCUACAAAAUUUGUUCAAAUCAUGACCGCCAGGGUCAAAUUGACCCCGCCCCAUGGGGUUACUUGAUUGUACAUAGAAAAAUCUUCAACAUUUUCUAAAAAUAAACCAGAAGGCCUAGAGUUUAGAUAUUUGACAUGUAGCAUUGCCUAGUGAACCUCUACAAAAUUGGUUCAAAUCUUGACCCCCCAGGGGCAAAUUGACCCAGCCCCAGGGGUUACUUGAUUGUACAUUGGGAAAUCUUCAUAAAUUUGCUAAAAAUAAAUCAGAAGGCCUAGAUCUUAGAUAUUUGAUAUGUAACAUUGCCUAGUAGACUUCUACAAACUUUGUUCAAAUCAUGACCCCCGGCAUCAAAUUGGCCCCGCCCAAGGGGUUACUUGAUUGUACAUAGGAAAAUCUUCCAAAAAUGUCUAGAAAUAAACUAGAAGGCCUAGAGCUUAGAUAUUUGGUGUGUAGCAUUGCCUAGUGGAUCUCUACCAAGUUUGUUCAAAUCAUGACCCCGGGGUCAAGCUUAAAUGCAAAUCUUCAUAGCAACCAUUUAACCAGGUGAGUGAUAUAGUGCCAUCAUGGCAUCUUGUUUUGGUUUUGCUUGGUUGGUUACCAUAGUAGCAAACUAGGCAGUAUGACAACCUUACUUAGCAUUCUGCAACUCCUAGCUUACUCGCAAAAGAGAAUUAUAACUCUACAUACUUUACAUUUUCACAAAAUUAUUCCCCUUUCUUGACCUAGGGAUUUAUUGUUAAGGUUUUAGCUCGACUAUUCAAAGAAUAGGUAGAGCUAUUGGACUCGCCUGUUCAUCAGCUUCGGUGUCCGUCAGCGAUUUGAUUAAGUUUUUGUAUGUAAGCUGGUAUCUCAGUAACAACUCGUGGGAAUGGAUUGAAACUUAAAACACUUAUUCACUGUGAUAAACUGACUUACAUUGCACAGGUUCCAUAACUCUAUUUUACUUUUUAGCUCACCUGAGCACGUAAUGCUCAAAGGUGAGCUUUUAUGAUCACCCUGUGUCUGUCGUCCAUCCGUCCGUCGUCAACAAUUUGACUGUUAACACUCUAGAGGUCACAAUUUUGGCCCAAUCUUACUGAAACUUGGUCAGAAUGUAACUCUCAAUAAAAUCUUGGAUGAGUUUGAUAUUGGGUCAUCUGGGGUCAAAACUAGGUCACCAGGUCAAAUCAAAGAAAAAGCUUCUUAACACAGUAGAGGCCACAUGUAUGACUAUAUCUUCAUGAAACUUGGUCAGAAUGUUAAUCUUGAUGAUUUCAAGGUCGUUUGAAUCUGGGUCAUGUGGGAUAAAAUACUAGGUCACCAGGUCAAUCAAAGGAAAAGCUUUUUAACACUCUAGAGGCCACAUUUAUGACUGUAUCUUCAUGAAACUUAGUCAGAAUGUUAAUCUUAAUGAUCUUUACACGGGAUAUUCAUAAAAGUUAGAAUGGUUGCCUUGAUGAAAUCUAGGUCAGGUUCGAAUAUGGAUAAUCUGGGUUCAAAAACUAGGUCGCUAGGUCAAAUCAAAGAAAAGCCUUGAGUAUGCAAUAGGGAGGAUCUUCAUUAAAUAUGAUUACAAUGUUUGUUUGGAUGAAAUCUUGGUCAAGUUUCAAUAUGGGUCAUCUGGGAUCAAGAACUAGGUCACCUGGUCAAAUAGAAUAAAAGCCUUGCAUAUGCAAUAGAGGCUGUAUUUUUCGAUUGAUCUUCAUGAAAUUUGGUCAGAAUGAUUACCUUCAUAAAAUCUAGGUCAGAUUUGAAUAUGGGUCAUCUCGGGUCAAAAACUAGGUCACUAGGUCAAAUCAAAGAAUAACCAUGUGUAUGCAAUAGGGAUUACAUUUUACACCAGAUCUUCAUGAAAUUUGAUCAGAAUGUUUGUCUGGAUGAAAUCUAGGUCAGGUUUAAAUAUGGGUCAGCUUGGGUUAAAAACUAUGUCACCUGGUCAAAUCAAAGAAAAACCUUGUAUAUGCAAUAGGGGCUGCAUUUUACACUGGAUAUUCAUGAAAUUUGAUCACAGUGUUUGUUGGGAUAAAAUCUAGGUCAGGUUUGAAUAUGGGUCAUCUUGGUUAAAAAACUAGGUCAUCCUGUCAAAUAAAAGAAAAACCCUGUGUAUGCAAUAGUGACUGUAUUUUACACUGGAUAUUCAUGAAAUUUUUUAAGAAUGUUUGUCUUGAUGAAAUCUAGGUCGAGUACAAAUAGGGGUCAUCUGGGAUCAAAAACUAGGUCACCUAGUAAAAUCAAAGAAAACCUUAGUGAAUGCAAUAGGGGCUACAUUUUUGGCAGGAUGUUCAUAAAAUUUAAUCUGAAUGUUUGCUUUGAUGAAAUCUAGGUCAAGUUUAGUUAUUGGUCAUGUUGGGUCAAAAACUAGGUCACCUGGUCAAAUCAAAGAAUAACCUUGUGUAUGCAAUAGGGGCUGCAUUUUUCAUUGGAUCUCCAUGACAUUUGAUCAGAAUGUUUGUCUUGGUGAAAGCUAAAGAAAUACCUUGCCUGUGCAAAAGGGGUCACAUUUUAAGCAGGAUAUUCUUUAAAUUUUAUCAAGCUGUUUUCAGGUGAGCUACCUAAGACCAUUUGGUCCUCUUGUUUGACUUUUAUAUUCAUUCAAUUUACAAGGCUGUAGUAUAGUCAAGUGCUGCUGUCCUCAGACAGCUGUUGUAUAUAAGCUGGCAUCUCAGUACCCACUAAUGGGAAUGGAUUGAAACUUCAUGCACAUGUCCACUAUGAUAAGCUUACAUGCACCAUCUACGGAUCACGGGGUUGCGAGUUCGAUCCUCGGGCGGGGCGUAUGUUCUCCGUGCUAUUUGAUAAACGACAUUGUCUGAAAUCAUUAGUCCUCCACCUCUGAUUCAUGUGGGGAAGUUGGCAGUUACUUGCGGAGAACAGGUUUGUACUAGUACAGAAUCCAGGAACACUGGUUAGGUUAACUGCCCUCCGUUACAUGACUGAAAUACUGUUGAAAAACGGCGUUAAACCCAAAACAAACAAACAAACAAACAGGCUGCAUAACUCUGAUUUAACAAAAUUAUACCCCUUAUAUGCCCGUCUCUAUAGCGGGACACAUGUCCAAUAGCAUGUCUGCUCUCUAAGUCAAACAGUUUUCAUCCGAUCUUCACCAAACUUAGUGACAAUGUUUGUAGGCAUAAUAUCUCAACCAAGUUCAAUAACCAGCAAAAUCGCCCCAGACACUUGGAUUAUGGCCCUUGAAUUACACGAAAAACUGCGAAUUUAGCCUUGUCCGCUCUAAGUCGGACAGUUUUCAUCCGAUCUUCCAUAAACUUGCAGAUAAUGUUUGUGGGCAUAAUAUCUCAGCCAAGUGCGAUAACCAGCCAAAUUGCCCAAGGCACUCUUGGAUUAUGACCCUUGAAUUACUUGAAAUCUGCGAAUUUAGCCUUGUCGGCUCUCUAAGUCUUAACAGUUUUCAUCGGAUCUUCACCAAACUUGCUGAAAAUCUUUGUUGGCAUAAUAUCUCAGCCAACUUCAAUAACCAAGCAAAUCACCUUAGGCACUCUUGGAUUAUGGCCUUUGAAUUAGGUCAAGUUCGAUGACGGACCUAUUUUGUGACAGUCUGCCUCAGAAUGAUUGCCUUGAUGAAAUCUAGGUCAAGUUUGAAUAUGGGUCAUCUGGGGUCAAAAAGUAGGUCACUAGGUCAAAUCAAAGAAAAACCUUGUGUAUGCGACAGAAGCUUUAUCUUUCAAUUGAUUUUCACAAAAUUUGGUCAGAAUGAUUGCCUUGAUGAAGUCAAGGUCGAGGUCGAAUAUGGAUCAUCUGGGUUUAAAAAGUAAGUCACUAGGUCAAAUCAAAGAAAAACCUUGUGUAUGUGAUAGAUGCUGUAUUUUUAAUUGAUCUUCAUGAAAUUUGGUCAGAAUGAUUGCUUUGAUGAAAUCUAGGUCAAAUUUGAAUAUAGGUCAUCUGGCUUCAAAAACUAGGUCACUAGGUCAUAUCAAAGAAAAUACUCGUUUAAACUCAAAUGACCACAUUUUUGGUCCUGAAUCCUAAUGAAAAUUGGCCAGAAUAUUUGUUUCCAUGAAAUCACUAGGUCAAACAUGUUUACACUGUUAUGUUAUGUUUCUCAGGUGAGCAACUUAGGGCCAUCUUGACCGUCUUGUUUUUUUUCUAAAUCAAUUACCAACCUCACUGGGUCAAGUCCCAUAACUCUGACAUGUAUUUUGGGCAAAUAAUGCCCCCUUUUGACUGGUUAAAGUUUUGCGUGCAAAUUACUAUUUCCAAAAGAGAUAUUAAAUUGAAACUUCACAUGUGCCUUCGGGGUUAUAAAACUAGUUGGUAGCAUGAAAUCCCAUAACUCUGACAUGCACUUUGGUCAGAUUUUGUCCCCUUUUGAUCUUAAAGUGUCUGGUUAAAGUUUUACAUGCAAGUUACUCCAAAACUAAUGCAGAUACUGGUUUGAAGCUCUACAGAUAUUUUAACAUUUAGGGUAAUAUUUUCCUGCUGUGUUACAAUAAUUCGAAUAGUCGAGCAUUGGCUGCCUUACGGACAGCUCUUGUUAUGCAUAAUUUUGUCUAAGUCAAGGGCCAUAACUCUGGUCUGUGUGUUAAAUCCCAACUGAAACAGCAGGUGCACAAGUUCACAUGCUGAGUAAGUAUCCCAUGAGGUCUGAUGAUGCAGGAUCAAAUACUGUUUGAGAAAUGCAAAAGAGAAAAUGAGAGAGAAAUGACACACAUUCAAAUGGAUGGAUGGACAAGUGGACAAACUGACAGACAUUCUUUUGAUACAGUAGUUAUGUUACUCCUUUCUUCUCUCUGUUGUUCUUUUUAGCCAAGUAAAAGAAUUUUAGCCACAUGAAAGGAAAAGAAUGAAUAGAAUUACUAUUAUCUAUUGUUCUCCUAGCCACCUAACUAUCCUACUGUAUAUGUGGAUGGACAGAUUAUCAACAAGGGGCAAAUCCAAGUGCUGCACAACACCAGCCCCCUCUCUUCACCCCCCCCCACCCCCACCAAAAAAAAAAACAAAAAAAAACAAAAAAAACUUGGGGAUGGGGGCACAAUAUAAAAUGUUCCUACAAAAAUAAUGUUCCCAUGAAAAAUUCCUUACAGUUACACAUCUUGUCACACUAAUGUUCACUGUCACUAUGACUAAGUACCAAGUUUCAAUUGAAUAUCAUAAGUAAUGAGAAGAUAUUGGACUUUAUAAAAACUUUAAUCAAAAGUUCAAAAGGAGCAUAAUUCUAGAAAUAUUGCAAUUACAGUUACACAACUUGUCACACUAGUGAACACUGUCAUUAUGAGGAAGUACAAGUUUCAGUAGAAUAUUUUAAGUAAUGAAAAAGAUAUUGGACUCCCUAACAAGAGCUGUCGGAGGGCAGCAACACUCAACUACUCAACAGCCCUGUCACUGGAAGUUUAUUGAAAGAACACUAAAGUCAAACAAGAGGCCCAAAUGGGCAUAAGUUGCUCACCUGAAGAGGACUUUAACCAUCUGACCCUUGAAGGGGCCAAGCAUCCCAAACUGAAUAAAUUUAUCAGAGGACCUUACAUUGAUACUACAGACUAGGUUUGAUUGAAGAUCUAUUGAGUGGUUCAUGAGAAGGUGCCAUUAAAAGCUGUUUUCACCUUUAGCCCUAGCAACCACUAAAGGGGCUGACUGCUGCCCCCACCCUAUUUGGAGGACCUUAUAAUGAUCCUACCAAGUCUGAUAAAAUCCAUCUAGCCAUAAUCAUUAGAAGAAAUUGUUUAAAGGUAUUUCUAGUUUUAGCUCUAGCAGCCCUUUCAGGGUUCAAGUGUCCCUCUCUGAGCAAAAUUGGGAGAGGACCUUAUAAUGAUGUAACAGACCAGCUUUGAUGAAGAUCCUUCUAGUGGUUCAUAGGCAGAAGUUGUUUAAAGGUAUUUCUAAUUUAGACUCUAUGGGCCCCUACAAGGGGCCAAGUGCCCCCCUUUGAACAAAUGUGGGAGAAGACCUUUUAAUGAUAAUGCAGACCAAUUUUGAUGAAGAUCAAUCAAAUGUUAAUGCGAAGAAAUCAUUUAAAGGUACAUCAAAUUUUGGCUCUAGCAGCCCCUUAAAGGGUCCAAGUGCCCCCAUUUGAACAAAUUUAUGAGAGAACCUUACAAUGAUGCUACAGACCAAGUUUAAUGAUGAUCCUUGAAGCUGUUUAUGAGAAGUCAUUUAAAGGUAUUUCUAAGUUUGGCUCAACUUCAAAGGGCAAAGUGCCCCCAUGUGAACAAACUUGGGAGAGGACCUUAUAAUAAUGCUACAGUCCAAAUUUGAUGAAGAUCCAAAAAGCGGUUCAUGAGAAGAAGUUUUUUUUAAAGGUUUUUCUAUUUUGAGCUCUGGGGGGCCAAGGUAAACCUUUAGUCAAACUUGACCGAAGGUCACAGAAAGAUUCAUACCUCAACUAUUCUGGCAUAUUUUGCUCAGACAACUGUAGGAUUCUUGGGCACGCUUCUGGGCAUUUGUCAGAAAUAUUGACAGCUCUUGUUUCAAUAUAUAGGUCAGACGUUUUUUCCAAGAAAAUCUAAAAUCAGAAAUUGUUUUUCAUAAAUUUUCCAGCUUCCAGCCCCUCUCCCCAUCCACCAGAUUAUUAAAUGGCUGGUCCCUGAUUUCUUGAUUGUAUCAAUUAUAUAAUUUUCAAAUAGAUAUAUGUAUGAAAAUUCCAUGAUAACAUAAGUAAACUUUUAUUGUAAGCUGCAAAACAAUAAUUAUGUGAAAGUGUAUUUUAACAAUUAUCACUUCAAAUGGUCUAUUGCUAUGAGAACAGAUCACCCCUUUGAUGUAAUCAUAUUGCAGAAGUACAUUUAACCAAAGAUUUAUUCACAUGAAAGUCAGUACUAGAUCAGGAUUGGUCAUUUUACCUUUUACUUAUAACAGUAAAUUUUCAGUACAACUAAAUAGUUUUAAGGCAAGUCCUAGGAGAACUUUGCUUCAUUCUAUUCCUGUCCCCUCUAAAAGACUCUAAAAUAAAAUGGUGAUAAGAAUUGUUACAUAUCUAUCAGGAUUCUAUUGAAAACAUUAUUGAAUCUCUUACAUUUUAAAAUACCAUCAUUUUUAAGCACAAGUUUGAACCCAUUGAAACAUUGUCAGAUAAUAGGUUGGAGACACAAGAGAAAAACUUAGCCUGGCCUUAAUUGUAACCAAUGGUGCAUUUGAAAUUUUGACCAGCUGUGUAUCAUAUACAUAGCUUCUGAAGGAAAGGACUUUUACCAGGUACACAGUCUAUCUGCAACAGUUCCUUUCAGUCUAAAUGGAUGCCAUUAAGCAGGAAGUUGACAGUGAUGUGAAAAUCACAGAACAUCCAGAAAAUUCAUUCCUUAAGAUCAGCUUCAAACUUGAUCCAUAUGACGAUGAUGUCAUCUAUAUGGGAAGUGUCGUUCAACCAUUCAUCAUCAGUGAUGACGAGGAUGAUGAAUUCUUACAUAUCUCUGCUAAAAGAGAUCAUGAUGACAAUAUUAAAGUGAAACUUGAAGAAUCUGAAUUUCCAGAUAUAAAGGUAAAAGUCGAUGAAAAUUGGAAUACUAUUGGCUUCACAGGGAUAAUCAAUCCUGCCAUACACAUCAAAGAAGAAAGUGGAAAUGAAAAUAAGAGAAAAACAUAUGGCUUAGAACAUCAGUUUGAAAACCAGAUGAAGGUGAAAAAAAUUAAAACUAAACUCAAAAAGAAAACGAGCACACCCAAAGAUAAAACCAAGCUAAGUCAAUCUGCUAAAAGGUCUGCUACUCCUAGUAAGAGUUCAACUACUGAAGUACAAAUUACUAAACACACUGCAUCAAAUAGACCUUCAGGUCAAAACACGGAGAGUAUUCAAAUUCCAAAGAAAACGAAAAAAGUUCCAUCUCCCAGUCAGAGAUCAUUGGCUACCAAUCCACAAAAAAUAAACAAAAAUGCAUCAAGUAAACCAUCUGGUCAAAACACAGAAUGUAUUCUAAUUCCAAAGAAAGAAAAGGACAAUGAUAUCAUAUAUAUGGGAAAAGUUGACCCUUUGGUCAUAAGUGAUGAUGAAGAUGAAGAAUUACUAUACAUUUCCACAAUCAAGAAUGAUGACAUUAUUGUAAAAACUGAAAAAUUUGAAACACCAGCUGUUAAGCUCAGCAUCACAGAAAAUGCUGGUAUGACUGCUGAUGAUGUUAUUGUGAUAGACAAUACUGAAGUACAUAUCAAAUCAGAAAAUGGAAUUGAAAAGAACAGAAAACCAUGUGGAGCAGAAUACCAGUCUGGAAACAAGGGAAAGAGUAAAAGUGCUGUGACUAAAUCUAAACAUAAAACAGGUACAUCAAAAGAUAAAAUCAAUCUUGGUAAACAACCAAGUACUCCAAGCCAGAGAUUAACUGAAAAUGCACAAAUUACGAACAACAAUUCAUCAAAUAGACCUAUACAAAACAAGGAAGGUGUUCCAUUUCCAAGUGACGAAAACCAAGUGCUUACUCAAAGCCUUGCAGUUGCACAAAUUACUAACAAUGAUGCAUCAAACAGACCAUCUGGUCAAAACACAGAAUCCAUUCCAAUUUCAAGGGAAGAAAAUCAAACACUCACCCUUAGUCUGAGCUCAACUACGAGUGCACAAAUUACUAACAACGAUGUAUCAAAUAGACCUAGUCAAAACAUGGAAUGUAUUCCAAUUCCAAAAAAAGAAAACAAAUGUGUACAGACAACUGCUAUGUUUCCAAAAAAUCCUGACUUUAAAAGCUAUAAUGACAAGCUCGGAUAUCUGUACAAAAAUUCGAAAGUCUAUUUCCUGAAGUAUGCCAAAGAUUUCCAGACACAAGACGAGUACAUGUUUGUCUAUAGAAGACUUGACAACAUGAUGAGAGUGUUCAUAAAGUGUGAGGAGGAAGAAUUCUUUAUGAAAUCCUUCUAUGAUCUUGUUACCUGCAAACAUGCCUUUGAAUAUAAUCGCCGUAAAAUGAUGCCGAAUUUCAUUAAAUAUAUAUCUGAAACUAUCCAAAAGAGAAGAUAUGGACUUUCACAUCCAGAACAAAGAGCUACAUUCUCUAUUCCUGAAAAGUUGGUCGUAUAUGGAUGCUACUUCAUCAUAAAGGCGACCAAUACAAAUGACGGAAAAAAUUUAAUGAUCAUUUGUCCUACAUACAAUCUCGGCAUUUUCAGAAUUUACAACAACUACAUGGAAAGCUUUCAGGAAAUAUCCAACGUUUACUCAACACAGCCAAAUAUUAUAGCACAACGUAGCUUUGAAUUUCAUCAGCUGAAGGAAGGAUUUUUGCACUGGAUGUCUGGGAGAUAAUAUUAAUCUCCAUGCUACACAGGAAGACUUUUACUUCUUAUAUCAUUCAGCACCUUUAUACAAAAUGCUGUUUUUCUGACAAUAAAGUCCAUGUAAAUAAUCAUCUAGGAAGUUGAAAAAAAUCAGUUCAACAACAUCUGCUUUGAUCUAUGCACAACUUCUUUCAUGCAUUCUUUCUGUUAAAUACACAUUUUUAAGGAUGAGAGCAAAUGAAAUUUAAAAUGCUAGAACUGUGCUUAAAUUUAGUCUUACAGUGAUAAAAGCUUGUUAUUCCCUUCAUUAACUUGCAAUAGCGGAAUGUGAGUCUAACUCCAUAUAAUGUGAAGUACUGACAAAAUACAUCAAGAUCACAGUUCCUCCCUUUCCUUUCUGUUCAAUGGUGAUGCCACCAUUAAGAAACAUGUAUUUGUUGACAUUAAAUACGAAAUAAACUUUUGAUACAAAAUUAUUAAAUCUACAGUAAAUAGAGUGAAACAUGUAUCAACAUGACGUAUCGACCAAAUGCUUCUCAGAGCAAGAAAGGAAACAGACAUUAUCAGUCCAACAUGGAAAUGUGUAUGUAAUCAGAAUGUCAUAGAUCUACAUAAAUAUGUGUGUAUACUGUUGUAUUUCUAUCCGGUUUGAUAAACUUUAUUGCCAUUUUCCUUUCAAUUUCCUUUUGUUAUAUGGAAACAGAAAAGAAUGUUCCAUUAAAUAUGAAACUUUCAAUAGUCAUU